GAUACAACAUUUCACUUCUUUCCGGAACAUCACUGCUACUGGGAGACACUUUCGAUUGACAUCCUCGGCUCACAGCGAAGAGCUCCUGCACGCACGUUUACGCGUCGACUAUAAGCACAGCACAACACCGCCAAGGUGUCCUCAUCAAGAUGGGCUACAUCCGACAAGAACAGCUCCCCAAGCUGAAAGAGUACAAAUACUCCGGCGUCGACAAAUCCCUUCUCUCCCAGUACAUCCUCAAACCCUACUGGUGGUCGCAAGUCGUCAAACUCUUCCCCUUGACCGUUGCGCCCAACGCCAUCACCCUCCUCGGAUUCUCCUUCGUCAUCAUCAACAUCCUCACUCUUCUCUACUACACUCCGACUCUCGACCAGGAAUGUCCAAGCUGGGUGUAUGCGUCGUGGUCGAUUGGCUUGUUUCUGUAUCAAACACUGGACGCGAUUGAUGGCACGCAGGCUCGUCGCACAGGACAGAGUGGACCGCUGGGAGAGCUGUUCGAUCAUGGUGUUGAUGCACUGAAUACCGGGCUGGAAGUGCUGGUCUUCGCGGCUUGUAUGAGGUUUGGGAUGGGAUGGAGGACGGUUAUGAUUAUGUUUGGAGGCCUCCUCACCUUCUACGUCCAAACCUGGGACGAAUACCACACCCACACCCUCACCCUCGGCCUGGUCUCCGGCCCCGUCGAAGGAAUCCUCACCCUCUGCAUCGUCUACGGCAUCACAGCCUUCACCGGCGGCUCCUACUGGCUACAACCCAUGCUCCCCACCCUCGGCGUGCCGCACUUCUCCUUCCUCCCCUCCGUCUUCUACACCAUGGACUUCGGCGACUUUUACAUGUGGUACGGCGGCCUGAUGCUCAUCGGCAACGUCCUCGAGUCCUCCCGCAACGUCCUCAAAGCCCGUCGCGAGCGCGGCCAACGAACCCGCGUCGCACUCCUCGGUCUACUCCCCUUCGCCGCUUCCUGGUUCUUGAUCAUCUCCUACCUGUACCUCCAACCCAUCAUCCUACACCACCACCUGGUCCCCUUCAUCCUCUACGUGGCGCUGAUCAACGCUUACUCCGUCGGCCUGAUGAUCACAGCACACCUCACCAAGUCCUCUUUCCCCUACCACAACGUCAUCGUCCUCCCGCUCGUCUAUGGCGUGCUGGACAGUCUGGGACCGGUGCUGCAGAGGAAUGUCGGGCACUGGGCCGGAUGGCCAAGUUCUCUGGGCGAGGGAACGUACCAGGUCGCGUUCAUGUUUACGUGUUUGGGACUCGCGGUGGGUGUGCACGGGAGUUUCGUGCUGGAUGUGAUUGUGAGCAUUUGUGAUUAUUUGGAUAUUUGGUGUUUGACGAUUAAGCAUGAGAAUGUGCCGGUGGAGGAGAAGAAGAAGAAGUAG